UAAGACACAUUAAAUACUAAUACAUGUCUGAACAAUGUCUUCAUGUUUCGCAUUGAUUGAUAGUUUCAACGCAUCGCAGUAUUUUUCGGGGAGAACCCAUUUUCAUUUCGGGCAUCCCGUUGCAAAAACCACUUUCAGUGUGUACUAUAGUCAAUCCCAAACAAGUAGUUUUGCUGGGCGUCUGUAUUUAGAGAUCUGAGGGCCGGAACUUACUGCUGCUGGACCAUUAGGUUUGACGUAAUGUACUGUCAUGAACUAUAGUCAAUCAUAGCAUUUGGGUCCCAUUUGAUUUUCAGUAGCAAACACAAUCGUUCAUUGAUGGUGCUCGAUGAUUCUUCGGCAACAAGCUUCUACAUAAGUGCGUGUAAAAUUCCUCGAGUAUCCACAUGGAUAUAUGAAAUUGUCGCUGAGGAAUGAUAGAUCUUGUUUCAUGCAAUGCAAUUCAGAGCUUCAAAGAAGCCAGCAGGAAACAUGAAACGGGUUCAGCCUCUGAGGCCUGUUCAAUGCCUGUUUUUCCUCACAGCUUUCCUCUGUUUCAGUAGACAUUCUACUGCCCUGACACCAGAAGGUGUAGCAUUGCUGGAAUUCAAGGCAACACUCAAUGACACAAAGAAUGUUUUGAGAAACUGGAAUGAAUCAGACGCAAACCCAUGUGGCUGGAGUGGGGUAGUAUGCAACCAUUUCAGCAAAAGAGUUACUGCAUUAAACCUACCUUAUCUACUCCUUGGUGGAACCAUUUCUCCCAGCAUUGGCAAAUUGAAGAAGCUGCACAGAUUAGCUCUUCAUGAAAACAGGCUACAUGGAUUUAUUCCCCCAGAAAUUGGCAAUUGCAAAGAGUUGCGAGCAUUGUACUUGCGAGAUAAUUACCUAGAAGGUGAGGUUCCUGCAGAGUUGGGUAACCUGACCCAUCUUAUGAUUUUGGAUCUAUCAAGUAACACGUUGAAAGGGACAAUCCCUCCCUCUAUUGGCAAGCUAGGCAUGCUAAGAUUUUUGAACCUGUCCACAAAUUUCUUUGCAGGAGAGAUCCCUAAAACUGGAGUGAUGGGAGGUUUUACUAAUAUGUCAUUUACUGGAAACCUGGACUUGUGUGGUUUGCAAGUUCAAAAGCUUUGUAAGGACACACUGGAUUUCCCAGCUAUAGCUCCUGAUAAUAGUAGUGGUAUUGUUGGUGGUGGCGAUGCUGUUGUUAAACCAGGAUCUACAAGGAAAUUGGCACGGUAUUUGAAUGGGCUCCUUAUUGGAGCAAUGGUUGCGAUGGGUGUGAUUCUCACUGUGAUCCUUGUAUUUUUGUGGGUCUGCUUUUUACAUAAGAAAGGAAUCAGUGAGGAAUACACUAAGAUAGAACAGCUACCCAAACCCCAACCAGAUAGAAAACUUGUUACAUUCCAUGGAGAUUUACCAUAUACAUCCCAGGAAAUUAUAAAAAAGAUUGAAAUGCUUGAUGAGAGUAACAUCAUUGGUUCUGGAGGCUUUGGGACUGUAUAUAAAUUGGUGAUGGGCGAGAACAGUGCAUUUGCUGUAAAGAAAAUUGACAAGUGUGGUGUGGCAUCCAAUCGCCAAUUUGAAAGGGAGCUGGAGAUCUUGGGAAGCAUUAAACAUAGAAACCUUGUUAAUUUGCGGGGUUAUUGUGUAUUUCCAUCAGCCAAAAUGCUCAUCUAUGAUUACUUGCUUCUGGGCAGUUUAGAUGAGUUUCUACAUGAUAGCAAACAACCUGCAUCAUCUCUAAACUGGAACACUAGAUUGAAGAUAGCACUUGGAUCAGGUCGGGGGCUGGCUUAUCUGCAUCAUGACUGCUAUCCUAGAAUUGUCCAUCGUGAUAUAAAGGCAAGCAAUAUAUUAAUUGAUGAGAAGCUGGAGGCACAUGUGUCAGACUUUGGGCUUGCAAAACUCUUGGAAGAUGAGGAAAGUCAUGUCACAACUGUUGUUGCAGGCACUUUUGGCUACUUAGCUCCAGAGUACUUGCAAAGUGGACGGGCAACGGAGAAAUCAGAUGUGUACAGUUUUGGAGUGGUAUUACUAGAGUUGCUCAGUGGAAAAAGGCCAACGGAUCCUUCUUUUGUCAAAGAUGGAUUGAAUUUGGUAGGAUGGGUCAAUACACUCAUGGCAGAUAGUAGAUUGGAAGAGAUCGUUGAUUCAAAAUGUGACUGCAUCUCCUUGGAUACCAUUGAAUCAUUUCUAGAUAUCGCAACAAUGUGUGUAGCACCAAGUCCUGAAGAUCGUCCAACAAUGAACAGAGUAGUGAAAAUGCUAGAAGAAGAAACUAUGCCUCCAGGGCCAAGGGGUUCAAUCCCAACUACGAGCAGAGUAGUGCAAAUACUAGAAGAAGAAACUAUGGCCAGUGAGUUCUAUGACUUGUUAUCUGAAUGAGAAAUGAAUUCAAUUCAACUGAAGAUGCUUUACUGUGAUAAUGCUUCUAUAUUUUAUUGAUUGGUUUGUCUAGCCUGUAAUUUGGGCUUUCAAGUAGCCCAAUCAAUUUUUUGUUCACCUUUCAUGUAUAUAUGCCAUGUGAGGCACGGUGAUUUUUUAUCUUCUUCUAUGGCAAACCAGAUCAUCUGUGCCAGUAAUAGGACUUAAUUUUUCUUGAAGUAUUAUUUAUUUGUAUCAAGGAUUGCUCGAGUUUGCCAUUGUAAUCAAGCAAAGAAGCAUAUUAAUAUAUAGUUACUGAAUUCUUUUCUCA